CACUGUAUCUGACAGCUGGCCCGACUUCGCGUCAUUCACAUGCAAAGCAAACGAGAGACUGAUCGAAUAUGAUGUAUAACUAGUUUUAUUCUAACUCAGCAGAAUAAAGGGUUGACUGACUUGUUGCGUUUAUACAGCCGUGAUAUAAACAUUUACAUAUACGAAAAUCUACAGGAUUGUCCAUUCACUUUGGCUAUAACCUUAGCGAACCUCAAUCCAUGCAAGGCUACUGUAUGUGAGUAACUAGCUGGCCAGUGUGAAUUCAAAGAUGUCCUGAGUGUUUUAUCUUGCUUGCUUUGCAUUAACUGCAUUGGUGUUAUCUCCCAUCGUAUAUCCCCAAAUAAGCCACAGUGACUUCCGCUUAUGCAGCAGCCCGAUGUUCCACUGAAUGCUGAUUAAAAGUGAAACCGCACAAAAAGACCAAAAAAAAACCCCAAAACUGUCAAAGUGGGGCCUGAGAUAUGAGAGUAAUUGGUAGUAACAGUCAUUUCGGUCAUUGUUGCCGCUAAGCUGGAAGCAGUGUCACCACGUGACUCCUCUGGUGAGAGCCUGCUGUUUGUUCAGCCAGAGAGGCAGAGAAGAAGAAAAAUGGCGGCUCUAGGCGAACCUAAACGGGACGCCGGGCUAACAUUUUGAGCUUUCUCGCCCGAAAAGACACCGGGGCUUCUCGGGGUUACUGCACCGUCUGAAUCCUCUCCGGCCCAGCUUUGCAGGGGUGCCGUUUUCGCUCGCGCCCGUUUUGGCUAAAUAAACGCAAAAAUUGGGAUACUAAAAUAAUAGGUUUCGCUUAUCAUGAGAGGGAAGAGGGGCAGGCCGCCCAAACCGCUACAAGCUGACGAGCCGUCCCCGGCUACGACCAGGGGCUUGCGACCGAGGAGGAAUCUGAAGCCCAAGCAGAGGGACAGCGGGGAUGAGGACGUCGAGAGCCCCACAAGGGAGAGCCCCAAGUCGGCUAAAAAGAAGAAAAGAGGACCCGUCGCGUCAACACGGGGAAGGGGACGAGGUAGAGGUGGCGGUGGUGGCAGAGGAGGCAGAGGGGGUCGUGGAGGAAGGCGGACGCCCGCGUCCAAAACAGUGGUGUACGACGACCACGAGAGCGACGAGGACGACGAUGCUGUCAGUCUGAGGUCGGAGGAGGACGAGUUUGUUGAGGAGGAACCUCAGUCCGAGGAGGAUGAGGCCCUCAAAGCGGACUCUGACUGCCUUGAAGAAGAUGUGCUGGACGAGGAGGAGGAGGAGGGGGAUGAUGCCAGCUACUGUACAGAGAGUAGCUUUCGGAGUCAGAGCACACACGCCAGCACUCCGGGGAAGAAAAAAGUACGGGCUCCACGACCUCGCACUCCCAUUCUGGAGGAGAAGGAGAUUCCUCCCCUUGUGCUUCCUGACACCUCUGAGGACCUCCUGGUGACCAACGAGGAGCUGCUUAACGCCACCUCCAUCUACGAGGUGCUACGGAACUUCAGCACAGUGCUGCGCCUCUCCCCCUUCCGAUUUGAGGACUUCUGUGCGGCACUGGUUGGCCAGGAGCAGUGCACUUUAAUAGCUGAGACUCAUAUUUCCCUCUUGAAGGCCAUCUUGCGUGAGGAGGACUCCUCCAACACUACGUUUGGCCCUGCUGACCUCAAGGACAGCACCAACUCCACUUUAUACUUUAUCGAUGGCAUGACAUGGCCUGAGGUGUUGCGGGCAUACUGUGAGAGCGACCGGGAGUACCAUCAUGUCCUGCCUUAUCAGGAGAUGGACGACUAUCCCUACGGUCCGCUUGGAAGUAAGAUCAAGGUGCUGCAGUUUCUGGUGGACCAAUUUCUCACCACCAACAUGGCCCGCGAGGAGCUGAUGUCAGACGGCAGCAUGCAGUAUGACGACCACUGCCGUGUGUGCCACCGCCUGGGUGACCUGCUGUGCUGUGAGACAUGCUCAGCGGUCUACCACCUGGAGUGUGUGAAACCUCCGCUAGAGGAGGUUCCAGAGGACGAAUGGCAGUGUGAGAUUUGUGUGGCGCACAAGGUGCCUGGUGUCACAGACUGUGUGACAGAGGUGCAGAAGAACAGGCCCUACAUCCGCCAAGAGCCCAUUGGAUACGACCGCCACCAGAGGAAGUACUGGUUCCUAAACAGAAGGAUUAUCGUCGAGGAGGACGGCGAGCAUGAGAAGAAAAAGAUCUGGUACUACAGCACCAAGGCGCAGCUGGUGGAGCUCAUGAUGUGCCUGGAUAAGGAGUACUGGGAGAUGGACCUCCAUGCCACCCUGGAGGAGAUGAAGGAGGAGGUGCAGGCACACAUGGAUAUCACAGAGGACCUUACCAACAAAGCCAGAGGAAACAAUAAAGCCUACCUCACUGCUGUCAACGAUGUGGUCACAGAGCGUCUGAAGAUCAGGCAGGAGUCAAAGGAAGCGAAGACGCAAGCAGGGGAGGUCAGGCAGGAAGUGGAAACGGGCUUAGUGAAGAUUGCAGAGGACGAGAUCACCUCACCGCUCGAUAACGGAGAGCACAAAGACUCUGAGCCCAAGGAGGUUACCAGUUCGCAGGCAGCCGAGGUUACCCCCGCCACAGAGGAGAGCUCCUCAUUCGAUCCAAAGCCCGACUCAGCCCCCCAGGACACAGCGGCACCAAAAACAGAGUCCCUUGAAACUAGCAAGGAAACGCAGUCUGCUCACUCUCAGAGCUCAGAGAGCGGGGAGUCCCCUCCGCUGGCAAAGCUGGAAAGGACAGAUGAAGAUGCAAAAGCAGAGUCUAGUGGGGAAGACAAGCACCCUGACGAGUCACAGGCGGUUACCCAAGACAGUCCACAGCAGCCAUCUUCUCAGCCAGAGGCAAGUAGUGGCAGCAGCCAGCUCUCUGGAUGUGGGAGCCUCAGGAAUCCAGAACAGCCUGACCUGGCCGAUCGCUCCUCUCAGUCCUCUUUCACCAGCCAGGAUGGGACAGACGACUACAACGAAAGGAUCAAGGGCGAUGGCGGGAAAGCAGCAGGACAGGAUUCAAAUAAACAAACACCCAGAGGCAGCAAAGAGUCAUCUCCUGUACGGUCUGAUGGUGACGCUACACGUCUCAGCUUUUUAAAGCGGGACCUAAUAGUGAAUUUGAACAACUUGUUCAAACUUGGCCAAGAGGGUAAAUACAGAGUCUACCACAACCAGUACAGCACCAACGUCCUGGCCCUAAACAAGCACCAGCACCGCGAGGACCACGACAAGAGACGUCACCUCUCCCACAAGUUCAGCCUGACCACGGCAGCGGAAUUCAAGUGGAACGGCUCCAUCUACGGUUCGCGGAGCCUGACUGUUUCCACGUUGCGUCUCACCAUCAUCCAACUGGAGACCAACGUCCCUGGACCAUUCAUGCAUCCUAACUGGGCAUCGCACAGGACCAACUGGAACAAAGCAGUGCAGAUGUGCAGCAAGGCCAGGGAGUUUGCUUUGGCCUUGGCCAUACUAGAGUGUGCCAUCAAACCAGUGGUCAUGCUGCCUGUAUGGAAAGAUUCUCUUGGACACACAAGGCUACAUCGCAUGACCUCCAUGGAGCGGGAGGAAAAGGAGAAGGUGAAAAAGAGAGAGAAAAAACUGGAGGAUGAGGAGACACUGCAGCAGGCCACUUGGGUGAAGUACACCAUCCCCAUCAAGCACCAGGUGUGGAAGCAGAAGGGAGAGGAGUACAGAGUGACAGGAUAUGGCGGCUGGAGCUGGGUCAGUAAGACUCGAGUGCCACGGUUUGUUCCAAAGCUACCAGGGAACACAAACGUAAACUACCGCAAAGAACUGGAGGCAGCUAAAAUGAGCAAGGAAAAUGUAGCAGCUUGCACAAAUAAAGAGAAAAAGUUGAUGGAAACUGAGAAGCAGUCUACACAAAACACUGUGGAUGACGCCAAUAAACAAGCAUCUGUAGCUGUGUCAGCACAGAGCACUUCAUCAGAGGAGGACCACAAACCUCAGACCCCCAAAGAGGAAGAAAAACCCACAGAAGAGGAGAGGGGAACAAAUGAAGAAGAGAAAGGAGAAGAUAAAAAAAUGGAGGUUGACCCCUGCUCUGAAACUGCUGCUUCAGGUGAUGAGAAAGGUAAAUGUUUAGAUAAGGCUGAAGACAAAGACCCUUCCUCCCCUUCCGUGCAGCCUGUGACUGAAGAACCAAUUCCGAAAGAUGAACAAUCCCAGACGGAAGAGAGCGCAGCACCAAAGCCCUACUACGAUGUUGUGAACGUCAGCGAGGGCUUCCAACUGCGGACUGCCUAUAAGAAGAAGGUCAAACCCUCCAAACUGGAUGGGCUUCUGGAGCGUCGCGUAAAACAGUUCACCUUGGAGGAAAAGCAGAGGCUAGAGCGGAUGAGACAGGCGGCCCUACUGUCCAAAAUGGCUCCCGCAAAGCCUGCCUCUACUGUCAAGACUGAAGGAUCCACACUGGGCAAACAGCAGUCUGCUGCGGCACUGUGUGUAAAACAAGAGAAGGAUGAGAGUCUUCAAGUGAAAGACCAUGUGGUUAAGAAGCUUAACUUUGAGCAGGAGAAGAUGGAGGUAAAGGCAGACAACUUGGAUGUCAAGUCAGACAUCACAGCACCCAACCACAGCAAACAGAUGGAGGUAAAUGCUGUGCAGGGGAACGGUGCAGAGGUCUUGGCUCACAAAGAAGUGAAUGGAGGACCUUUAGCGAACACUGAGCUCAACAGUAAAAACAACUGUAUAUCAGAUACAAUAGAAAGCAAAGAAAAAACACAGAAGUCAGAGGUGGCUGUAGUGGGAGAGAGUGCUAAGAAACGUGGGUAUGAAGAGAUGGAACAAGGCAGCAGACAGAGCGACACAGACAGCGCAGAGGUUGACCAAAGCAAGACCAAUCCGGUACAGAUGAACGGGAAGGCAGGAGUUCCCACCGCCACAGACUCAAGCGUCGACUCAGAUGCAGCCAGUGGAGUCCAAGGUGAUGCUAAAGACCCUCAGAAAGAGCCUGUCAAGUCUCUGAUGAAUGGAAACCUCUCACAAAAUGAUGUGUCUGACAUGUGUCAUCCACCUCCCCUGAAAGUGCCGAAAUUAGAGAACCACGUGGCAGAGAAAGGAGACACUCUGAAUGUGAAUGAGAAAGAGGGAACAGUUCCCGUUAAGCCUCCAUCCUCAAGCCUUUCUUGCCUGAAUAGUAAUAGUGCUGACAAUAACAGUAGUGAAGGUUUGAAGACCACUGCAGAGUCACAAAAUGCUCCUCAGUCUGACGUGACCUCUCAAGCAGCAGGUAGCACAAUCUCCUCUGUAACCCCCACCACCCAGCCCACCUCCAAGGCAGUCGUCCCACAGAAGACCAAAGUUCCAGUCACCGACACCAAGAUGGGAACUUCUGGUUCGACAACGACCAGCUCCAUGAUUAGUAAAGAGUACUCCACCAGGGACCGAGUCAGCCUCCUCAGGUUCUCCAAAUCCAAGAAGGCACGCUCAGGGACAGCCCUGCCAUCCUACCGCAAGUUUGUCACCAAGAGCAGCAAGAAGAGCAUCUUCAUCCUGCCAAACGACGACCUGAAGAGGCUGGCGAGGAGGGCGAGCAUCAGGGAGGUGCCCAUCUUCAACUACAACGCCAAGCCUGCCCCAGAUAUUUGGCCUUAUCCAUCACCUCGGCCCACUUUUGGGAUAACAUGGAGGUACCGUCUCCAGACUGUGAGGUCUCUGGCAGGGGUCAGUCUGAUGCUGAGGCUGCUGUGGGCCUGCUUGAGGUGGGACGACAUGGCUGUUAAACCCUCUGCUUCUGUAGGGACAACUCGCAAAGAAACCACAGAGACGGACAUCAUUACAACAGAGAUUAUCAAACGGAGAGACGUGGGACCUUACGGCAUCCGCUCUGAGUACUGCAUCAGGAAGAUCAUCUGUCCCCUUGGGAAUAGAGACACUCCAAAAGAAACCCCAACACCACAGAGGAAAGGCCUGCGAUCAAGUGCCUUGAGGCCCAAGAAGCAGGAGCCAGCCAAGUUGACUGGACCUAUUGCUGUGGAGACAUGGGUGCCUGAAGAAGACCUGGAGCUGUGGGAGAUCAGGGCCUUCGCAGAAAGGAUAGAGAGGGAGAAGGCACAGGGUCUUGACCCCUCAAAGACUGGCAGCACUCUCAAAACAGCAGAGGAUGUCAAAGCCCAUUUGGAGAAUCAGCUGAAACAGGCCAGACUUGCUGCUCAGCAGAAACGUCUGGAGCAGCAGAGGCCAGUUACACCCGCCACCACUCCGUCAUCAGCAACCACCACCACCUCAGCCAGCACCCCCAGCACUCCCGGCACCCUGUCAUCCACGGGUCAGAGGACAGGUCAGGUCACACCUGGAACCAAGAUGGUCCUCGCCUCCAAACUGGGCUCUCCAGUGUCGUUCCAGCAAGACAAAAACUUCCAUCAGUCCUUUGCCUCCUGGGUCAAACAGGGUCAGACUAACAACAGCUCUGCCUCCACCGGCUCAGUUGCCAGCGUGGCUAGCAGCAUCGCCACCUCAGAGCAAACCUUCCAGAUCGCUGGCAGCCCAGUGACUGUGGCUGGCCAAGUCCUCGCCACCAAACUCCCGCUGCCCGCAAACAGCAAGAUUGUAACGCUCAACAUGCCCACCACGCAAGGAGGUGUAGUCCAGCAGAAAGUCGUUGGCAUAUUUCCCUCUGGGCCCCCUGCGAACCUUAGGACAUACAGCACACUACAUCCUACAACUGGCAACAUCAACCUCAGAGCCACCACCUCUGCCUCAACAACCCAGCAACAGGCCAUCACUGCAGGAGGCCAAAUCCAGCCUGGCACGAUCAAGAGCCAGUCACCUUCCCCAUCUACCUCCAUGGGCACAGCAGUGGCGAGAGGUCCUGCUCAACAAGGCCAACCUCAGCAGGCUAUGAUCCCGACAAGCCGUGGCCAGCCUGGAGCCACAGCUGUGCCUGGCUGUACACCUGUGCAGGCGAGUGCAGCUCAGAGAGCGACGGGCACUGCUGCACCGUCACCUCACGCAGCCGCCACAGCACCUGGACAGCCACCCCUAGUUUCUUCCCAGGCCAACAGACCACAGCAGGGUCAAGUUAAACUCACUAUGGCACAGCUAAUGCAGUUAACACAGGGUGCUCAGGGUGGAAACCCAGGUCUGACAGUGGUGAUCCAGGGUCAGGGCCAGACCCAGGGACAGUUGCAAAUCAUCCCACAGGGUGUGACAGUCAUCCCUGGUCCUGGCCAGCAGCUAAUGCAGGCAGCCAUGCCCAAUGGCCAAGUCCAGCGCUUCCUCUUCACUCCCAUGCCCCCGUCCUCAUCAGUUUCAGCUUCAUCUCCCACUACUGCUUCCCCUACAAAGCCUGCUGUAGCUCAGACCCCUCAGAUCCAAGGUCAGGCCCAAGUUCAGACGACUCCAGCUCUAGCCCAAACUCAAAUGACUGCCCCUGUUCCAUCCCCAACACAAAUGCCACGUUUGGCCCCCACGCCAGCCUCAGUUGCUCUACAAACCCAGGUUUCAGUUGCUACACCAUCAUCAGCCCCUGCACAGUGUCAAAUAUCCACUUCUGUGCCUGCCCAGGUUUUAUCCUCCACACCAGCCUCUGUCCACGCACAACCCCAAGUGGCAAGACCUGUGCUUGCCCCAGCACAAAAUGCAGUCUCCACCCUUACUCCAGGCUCAUUCCCUACCCAAACCCAGACUGCAGCGUCAGUACCUGUUCCAGGACAGGUCGCACCUCAGUCCCAGCUCCAGACACAUGCCUUCAGCCCUGUCCCAGCCUUAACCUCAGCUCCUCUCCAAAUGCACGUUACCGCUCCUGCCCCUGCUUUAGCCCCCAUCUCAGGCCCCUCUAACUCGGCCCAGAUGCCAGUUUCUGCCUCUCUUCCUUCACCUGUCCAAGUUCCGACCCCUGCUCUUGCUCCCGUCUCUGCUCCCGUCAUAGCUGUUGUGUCUACCCAAAUCGCUGUCCCAUCCCCAGGGAAAGCUCUGACCCAAAUCCAACCCACCCCAACCCCUGUUCCUUUUCACGCUGCCGUGGCCAACGCUGUCGUCACACCAGUCACGGCUACCUUUACAACACCGUCAGUGCCAGCUCUGACAGAGCAGAGGGCAGCUCAGCCUCAGGUCUGGAAUCCUGCUUCCUCUCAAGCUCAAACUCCAGUUCAGCCCGCUCAGCUGGCUGCGGCUCCCGUUCAGUCAUCAGCCCUGGCUACUGCACCACCCUCUGCCCCUGCAUCAGUCUCCACACAUUCACCCAUUACCCCUUUGCCUCAAGCAUCUCUUCCUCCUCAAGCUCAACUACAAGUCCAGCACCCCACAGUUGUAUCAAUGCAGCAAGUGUCUCAAAUUCCAGUCUCAGCAGUGCAGGUUCACAUGAAGGGAUCUCCAGUCACUUCUGUUGUUACUGCUGUGAGAACGACACAGCCUCAGCUGCAACCCCAAACCCAGCGUCAAGCCCAGAUCUGUGCUCAGAUUCAGGUCCAGCCCUAUGGCCAAGUCCAGCAGAUGCCGCACAUUCAGGGCCAAGCACAAGGCCAAAACCACCCCCAGGUCCGAGUUCAGUUCCAGCCACAAACUCAGCAAUCACCCCAAGCCCAAUUACAGCCCCUCACUCAAACUCAACCUCAGGUGCAGUUUCAGUCCCAAAACCAAACCUUACCCCAGGUCCAGACCACAGCUCAAGCCCAGCUCCAGUCAAGGGUCCAACCUCAGUAUCAUCCCCAGGUACAAGCUUCAUUUCAAACACAAGCUCAGCCGCAGCCUCAGGCUCAGCAACAACCUCAGCCCCAGGUUCAGUCUCAGGCCAAAGCUCAACUCCAGCCCCAGAUCCAAACCCAAAUCCAUCCCCAGGUUCAGGUCCACUUCCAGCAACAGAGCCAGGUUCAGCCUCAACCUCAGGCCACACAGCAACCCCAGGUCCAAACCCAGCCCCAGUUUCAAGUGCAGUCACCUCCACAGGUCCAGCAACAGCUUCAGGUCCAAGCCCAACCCCAAGUCCAAGCGAAGCUCCAAGUGCAGUUCCAGUCUCAGAGCCAAACUCAAGUUCAAGCACAGCCUCAGCUUCAGGUCCAGUCUCCGAUCAGGCAUCAGCUUAUCACAGUUCCAGGCCUCCAGCAGCCAGUCCAGCUCCUCUCAGCUCUGCCACCUCAUGUCGCCGCCCAGAUCCAGGCUCAGAUCCAGGCACAGGCACAGCAGCAGGGUGGCGCAGUCCCCCAGCAGAUCAAACUGCAGCUCCCUAUACAGAUCCAGCAGACUGGGGGGCAAAUCCAGGCCCACCAAAUACAGAACAUGGUGACCAUACAGGCACCAGUGAGCGUGCAGGAGCAGCUCCAGAGGAUGCAACAGCAACAACAGCAACAGCAGCAGCAGCAACAGCAGCAGCAACAACAACAACAACAACAACAACAACAACAACAACAACAACAACAGCAGCAGCAACAACAACAACAACAACAGCAGCAGCAGCAGCAGCAGCAGCAGCAACCAAAACCAAAGAAGAAGAAACAUAAUGAGGCUAAAAGGGAACAGAAAGAACAGAACCUGCAGGCUGUUAGCCCUGGGGAUGGCAUUCAAAAACAGGUUGUGGUGAAGCAGAAUGCUACAGCAGAACAGCUGAAACAGAGGAAGAGCCUGGCUGCUGCUGAGCGAGAGGAGAACCAGAGAAUGAUUGUGUGCAACCAGGUGAUGAAGUUCAUCCUUGACAAGAUCGAGAAAGACGAAAAGCAGGCAGCUAAGAAGAGAAAGAAGGAGGAGGUGGUUGAGCAGAAACGCUCCAAACAGAACGCCACCAAGCUGACUGCACUGCUGUACAAGCACAAAGAACAGCUGAAGGCUGAGAUCCUGAAGAAGAGGGCCCUGCUGGACAAGGAGCUGCAGCUGCAAGUUCAGGAGGAGCUGAGGCGGGAUAUAGCCAGGCUACAGAAAGAAAAGGAGAAAGCGAGAGCUGCCAUCACCCAGGCUGCUGCAGCAACAGUCAAGGCUGCUGCUUCUCACUCCUCACAUCCCUCUCAAUCUACACAUUCCUCUCACAGUACACACACAGGACCCUCGCCUUCAUCAUCCCAUAAACGUAAGAGGGAAGAGGAGAGAGACAGAGACAGAAACAGGGAUCGGGACAGGCAUCACGACAAAGACAAGAAACGGGACAGGGAUAAGGACAGAGACAGAUAUAGAGACCGAGAUCGAGAUAGAGAUGGGGAUCGAGAGAGGGAGAAAGACAGAGAGCGGGACAGACAUCGGGACAGGGAAAAGGACAAAGACAGAGACAAAGACAGAGAUUCCAGCUCAUCGAAACACAAGAAGAAGAAGAAACUCUGCUCUACCUCAAAGGAUCACAAGAAGGACAGCAAAUUGUACUGUAUCUGCAAAACACCCUACGACGAGUCGAAGUUUUACAUCGGGUGCGACCUGUGCUCCAACUGGUUCCAUGGCGCGUGUGUUGGUAUCACAGAGAAAGAGGCCAAGAAGUUGGAGGACUUUGUAUGUAACGACUGCAAACGUGGUCAGGAGGGAGGAAGCAAUGAGGAGUUAUACUGCAUCUGCAGGACACCUUAUGACGAAUCACAGUUUUACAUUGGCUGUGACCGCUGUCAGAACUGGUACCACGGGCGUUGUGUGGGCAUCUUGCAGAGUGAGGCCAACCACAUUGAUGUAUACGUCUGCCCGCAGUGUCAGUCAACAGAAGAUGCCAUGACAGUCCUCACGCCGCUCACUGACAAAGACUAUGAGGGCUUGAAAAGAAUAUUACGCUCGUUACAGUCUCACAAGAUGGCAUGGCCUUUCCUUGAACCAGUGGAUCCCCAUGAUGCACCUGAUUAUUAUCGUGUAAUCAAGGAGCCAAUGGACUUUUCCACAAUGGAAACCCGUUUGCAGAAGCGACAUUACCACAAGCUCACAGAGUUUGUGGCUGACGUGACCAAAAUCUUCGACAACUGCCGCUAUUACAACCCCAACGACACGCCCUUCUUUCAGUGUGCAGAGGUGCUUGAAGCCUUCUUUGUACAGAAGCUUAAAGGUUUCAAAGGGAGCAGAUUGUCAGAUUCUUAAGUGGGCCAGUCUGGAUGGACUGGAUGCUGGGGUCUCUAAUAAUAAUGACCUGGAAACUUUUGUGUUUCCAGAAAAAAUAACCAUGACAAAAAGCAAAAAGAACACACAGACACACACACGAACACCAAACGUGCUUUCAUGUAAAUGCCACCAGUUCAACAUUUUCACUAACCGUUAUGAUAUUCAGCUUAAUUAUGAAACGGCAGCCAUGUUGACUUGUGUUCAUCAUGUAAUUGAGGGACAUGCUUUCUUCUCAUUACUUCACAUUACUGAAUCUGGCCUUCUCUUGUAGUCAAUCACAGUAGCUAGGAUGUUUUUAAAUGCAUUUUAGUUCCUGCCCUUUGAUUUUCUUUCUUCUAUACAUCUGAGUUGGAUGUGUUGACCUUACCAGAUGUAAAAAAUGAUAAAUGUAAAGCUGCCUAUUUUAUUAUAGAGAAAUAUUUAUGAGAAGUUUUGUACGUUACGUCUCUUCGAGUUUGAUUUAACUGGCUGUUUGAGGUGGUCGUCUUGAAUGUACAUACUUUUAAUCAUGUACAGUGGUUGUAAGAUAAAUCUGACUCUGUAUCUGAAUGUUUUAAAUAAUGCUGAAACAAAUAAUUUUAGAUGGUAUUAUUUUAUGAAACUAUAACAUACUACAAAGAGUGAGGAGUUUGACCUCUCCCCUGCUCCUCACUUCACAAAGUAACCUCAGUUUGUAGUUGUGGAAGAUUUCUUCAGGAACGAAGGCAUUCCCAGUCAAUUACAGCAACAUGGCUGCAGGAUCCUCUGCCGACCCCUUUGCAUCCUCUGUGUCUGUGUCUGAGAUGUCACAACAAGAAACAAAAUGCGAAGGGCUCUCAACUUUCCCCUCUCUCCACAUCCUGUAGGUCUCAUAACAACAAGCUACAGUGUUCUUCAGCCUCUUAGAAAGCAUCGCACAUUGCUCAGACAAAUGCACUUGCCAAGAAUAUGGCUUUUCUGAACUGUAACUCUGUGACAGACUCCUCUGCCUCAUCAUGUGUUUGGGAUCUGCUCCUCUGACUGUCUAUGCGACCAGCACUGCUGCUUUCACAGGACUGUUCAGGCAGAGCUACCUUGUGCCCGUUUGAGCUCUAAGGGACGUUUAAUGGACCUGGUCUUCAUCUUUGGGACUGUGCCGAGGAGCGUGAACAACUGAGGCAUUUCAGAAGAAAGUUUACCUCUGAGAAAAGACUCUUAAGGAGCGCUCACAUUUCCAUGUUCUUUUUUUUUUUUUUUUUAUCUCGGUCUUUUUAUUUUUUCUUGUUAAAAAAAAACCCUCAGGCCACCCUUGAGGUCAUCAUGUCCAACGAGAAAUAGGAAACUGAAUACUGACAUACAAUGGCUGAGUUUUACUGAGCGUAACGCAUCAAGAGUUUUGUGUCUAAAUACAGAUGUUGCGGUGGAACAACUUUUUUUCUCCCAUUUCCACUCAUUGUUUAGUCUGAAGUGGCAUGAAAGAGAGUUGUACUAAAUAUCUGGACAUCAGUAGUCUGCUUGGUUAAACUUCUAUAACCUACUGAAAGUACGGUAAUAAGCUAUUGUAAAUUAAUUGCUCUGCAGUAGUGACUGACUGAGAAGGAUGAAACCGUGUAUUUGAAGGUUCCUGCCCUGUUUGUAAAAAUUUGUCAGAUUUUGACUGGAUUUCUUUUUCUUUUUUUUGUAUUACAUCUGAAGAAAUAUUGAUGUAUAUGGAACUUAAUAAAAUGGAAAAGAAUUA